UCUUCGUGAGAUAGAAGCUAUGUGUACUUCAAUGGAUUUAUCACAAGAAGUAAUUGAUACUACCAAGCAGCUAUACAAACGAACCGUUGAAGAAAAAGUCAUGCGAGGAAAAAAUAAAAUUGCUUUUUAUGCUGCUUGUAUUUAUAUCGCAUGCCGAAUAAAUAAAGUUGCAAGGUCUUUCAAAGAAAUUAGCGCCUCCACUCAGGUUUCCAAGAAACAUCUUGCUCGCGCUGUUAAGAAUUUGGUUGCAACUUUUGAAUUAAAUAUGGGAUUAAUGAAAUCUGAAGAUCUGAUGACAAGAUUUUGUAAUCGACUUGGGCUUUCACACGAAAUUGAAAGAACUUGUAGCAAAAUUAGUCAACGUAUUGAAGAACUCGGUUUUUUGACUGGUCGAACUCAGAAUACCAUCGCCGCUGCAACUAUUCACUUUGUCGCGAGCAUUCGUAAUAUUUCUGUGUCAAUCGAAAACAUUGCUUGUGUUUCUGGCAUGGCAGUUCCUUCCAUUAAGUCG